AUGACAUUUGGCGCGUGGAAUGUGUGCACACUUAUUGACCGAGAAGAAAAUGUCCCCCCAGUGUGGAAAACUGUCAUUGUAGCUCGGGAACAAAGUCGCUAUAAUAUUGAUGUGGCUGCACUCAGCGAAACACACCUCCGCGAUGAAGGAGAGCUGGUAGAACACGGCAGCCUGUAUACUUUCUUUUGGAAAGGACUCGCUUCCUCAGAGCCACGAAGGUCUGGUGUAGGCUUUGCUGUCAAGAACUAUCUUGUUGCUCAACUACAAGAAUACCCUUUACAUGUAUUGGACCGCAUUACCACAUUGCGCCUUUACAUGGGACGUGAAAACUAUCUGAAUGUCAUCAGUGUCUACGCCCCUACGCUAGACAAGUCUAAUGAAAUUAAGGACAAAUUCCAAAAAUUGACGCGGUGCAUAGAUUGUAUCCGUCCAAGGGAGCAAAUCCUUCUCUUGGGCGACUUUAAUGCCCGAGUAGGACGAGAUUAUGACGCCUGGCCUAAAGUUCUGGGUAGACAUGGUGUUGGUAAAAUGAACAGCAGUGGCCAACUCUUGCUUAGUUUUUGUGCAAAAUUAGAUCUUCCAAUUAAAAAUACUAUGUUCAGACUACCUGCCAAGUACAAGGCAACGUGCAUCCACGUUCCACCAUCCAUAUCCACCCUAGAUCGAAGCAUUGAUACCUUAUCGAUUACGCUAUCGUGCGCCAAAAAGACAUCUCUCAAGUCCUAG